AUGGUUAACAUUACAGAAUGGGAUCCUGAUCAAGUUACUUUGACUGAUGAUAGUGUCGACGAUGCUUGGAAAACUUGUGUGCUUCAAGGUGUCUAUUAUGGAGACAAUGAGUACAAUGGGAGCUUAGGUGCUAGAAUAUCAUCCAUUUUUGUCAUUUUAUUCGUCUCAACAGCAUUCACCAUUUUCCCCUUGUUAGCAAGAACAUUUAAACGUUUGAAAAUGCCCUUAUACGUUUAUCUUUUUGCUCGAUACUUUGGUGCUGGUGUCAUUGUGGCAACUGCUUUUAUCCAUUUAUUGGAUCCAGCUUAUUCUGAAAUUGGAGGCCAAUCAUGCGUUGGUUCGACAGGUAAUUGGGCAAUAUAUUCUUGGUGUCCAGCCAUUAUUUUAUUGAGUAUUGUGGUGAUUUUUUUGGUUGAUGUUGCAUCAGAUGCUUAUGUUGAAAGAAAAUACGGUAUUGGUAAUAACAGUGGUCAUGGCGGUAAUAAUGAAAUCAUGAAAGCUGUUGUUCGUGGUGGUGGAGGUAAUGAAAAUGGGCAUGUCCAUGAUCAUAAUGAAGAUGGUGAAAAUGCUCCUAGUCCUCAAGACCUUGAAAAUAAAAAGGAUUUGAAGUCUGAUGUCGGCUCUUUAAGUGAUACUUCAACUCUUGGAAGCGAGAAAGAAUUUAGAAGUCAAAUUUCAGCAUUUUUAGUGUUGGAAUUUGGUAUCAUUUUCCAUUCUGUUAUGAUUGGAUUGAAUCUUGGAUCAGUAGGAGAUGAAUUUAAGACCUUAUACAUUGUGUUGGUUUUCCAUCAGUCAUUUGAAGGUCUGGGUAUUGGUGCUAGAUUAUCAGCUAUUCCUUGGCCAAGUCAUAUAUCUUACGUUUGGGCUUAUCUACUCUGUAUUGCAUACGGUUUAGUUACACCAAUAGCAGUUGCAAUUGGUCUUGGAGUUAGAACAACUUAUAUCUCAAGUUCUUAUAAUGCAAACAUUGUGUCGGGUGUCCUUGAUGCUAUAUCUGCUGGUAUUUUGAUUUACACAGGCCUGGUGGAAUUACUGGCCAGAGAUUUCAUCUUUGAGAAAACUUACAAGAAGGAUCUAAAACAGUUGCUAUUUAUGAUCUUCAGUCUGUUAUGGGGUGCAGGAUUGAUGGCAUUAUUAGGUAAAUGGGCUUGA